GAAGUGGUUGUGAUGUUGAUGCAAGCGUGCUGACUACCAACUACUGAGUCAGUCGGUUCAGCACCGGUCUCGAUGCUCGAUCGUGAUUUAUAGUUUCCCGCUAGAUUUUUUGAUCCAUAGAUCAGCCGGUUUUUUUGAUCUAAUUAAUCGGUAUUAAUUUUUUUAACUUUUGGGUUGAAUUUGUGCAAUUUUGUUUUGUGGCAGUGUCAGGAUUAACAUCAGAAAUAUUAUCCCAUCCAGUGUUUAUAUAGGUACGUUCCAUUGUACAGCUAUUCAUUUUGUGACACAGGUGCGAUGAUAAUUAGUUUCUCAGAAUGAAGAUAUAACGGGAAGAUCCUCAGUGCCUCAGGGUAGCUACCAUGUCGGCGCAAUGCAAUCACUUCGUGCAAAACGCCUGGAAAAAGGAGCUUUGUUCCAAUUGUUUCAAAUUGCGAGAGGAACAUGUUGUAGCUUCCGAAUCUCCAAGGCCGAGUGUCAAAGCACCUGUCAGAAUCGUAACCAUCAAUCACAAAGUGCAGGGUAUUCUGAGGAUUAAAGAGCACUCGCAGGUGAGACUGAAGAAGAAAAACGUCGAAUUUCCAGAAUCUCUGUUCGAGGUUAUUGGUUAUGGAGGUGACGAUCUCUCUGAUACAGAAGAUGAUGACUCCCAAGAAAUGGACGUUAAUGACUCCUCGAAUCCCGAAGAUGAUGUUCCGGAUAGCGAGGAGGAACGAGCCCUCGGUAAUUUGACACGUGCCAAUACAAACUUCAAUACUGUCACUGCAAACCUAACGGGAUCCGCAACACCUGAUGCUAAAGCCGCAAAGACCUUUGCAUCUUUGAUGCUUGGCAAGGUGCAAAAAGAUGCAGAUGGUAAGAAAAAGACCCUCUUGGUAUCAGUGAAACCCUUUGGAGGAGAUGACAGCCUGCCAACAGCAAAGAGGCCCAGCGAUAAGAAAGUGAACAACGAAAACACAAAAUCCAAAACUAUUGAUAUCAUCGCAAAAGAUGAAAAAACUGAAGUCUCUCUCAAAAGCAUAAAGAAAAUAUCUGAAGAUCAAAUUCAAAUUUGCGAAAAACGACAAAAUGAAUCUCCAAGUCUCGAAAAAAUUGUUGACAUGCCCUUAAUUACAUCUGCUAAUUUAGUAUCAGUAAUUCAAAACGAAGAAAACGUAGGAGUUGAAUCUCAUGAAAGCAUAGAAAAAAAGACGGACAGCAAAUCCGAAAAAAGAAUAAGCAUCGCAAGAACUCCUGCCAUUAAGAAGCCCGAAAAUGAAAAACCGAGAAUUUGCGUCCAGAAUUCUUACAACAAUAAAGGUGAGUAUGCAGUCACAAAAAUCACAAAACGUACCGACAUCAUGAAUACCGAAAAUAGAACAAACGGAACCUACAAUUCAGGAAUCGAAUUAACUCUUACGCCCUUUAAAAAGGAAGCUGUUGAAGAUCGAUCCAUAUUAGUGAAAGGAAAGGACGUCAAUAAGAUCACCGUCCCAGCUCCAGAAGAAAAAACAAAAGAAUCAUCUCUCUUAGUAGAGCGCAGGAUCGAGGGAGAUGUUGGGAAAAAAUUUAAUUUUGUUGAAAGUCGGGAAUCUGCUGGCGAACCAGAUGGAAAAGCAGACGAGGAUGUAUCUGAACCCCCAGCUCUUCCAAAAAGUCCCCCACCAACUGAAGUAAAAACAAACGGGUGUAUUCGGGAAGUGGAACCAAAAUGCAUGCUCACAAUAGCAGAACCAAGGGCGUCUUUUUUGCAUGGCGAGUCGAAAAUUAAACCCUUGGUGCCUCAAAAACCAAGCACUUUUUCUCCGAAAAAUUCGACAUCAUCUACGAGUACCAUAACCUAUUCUACUUUUUCGAAUAACAUCACCGCUCUCAUUCCUGCGAAAAAUAGUCCACUUAGCAGCUUUUCAGUUCCGAUUCAGAAUCCUGCUUUGCAGAAUCAAGUCAGUCAGGUCUCGUCACAAGCCAAUUCCAACGAGGUCAAGGAUCUUUCAGCUACACGGAACUGCAAUUAUUCCUACUCUACAAUGAGUGAAAGUAAGAACAAUGAGCAGUCACAGAAUAUCACAUACAAACCCCCACAAGUUCAAUCAUGCCAAAAUGCUCAAGUGGAGUCGCCUUCUAAAACGGAAGAAAGCCCAAAACCAACGGAAAACGGUACGAGAACAUUUGGUCUUGGUUCUCCUCCGAGACCCAAGCCACCUUCUAUAUCCAUUUUUAAAACUCAGCAACCCGAAGAAGAUGUUGAGAUUGAUGAAGAUGAUCUUGAAAAUUCGGACUUACCAGCCGAAAUGAUUCGAUCACCAAAUAAGAGAAGGAUGGCUCCUAAGCCACCAGCAAGUCCAGCUGAUGACGCCCAGGCUUCUUUAUUUGCGAGGAAUCCAACAACUGUGAUGAAAUCUGAUUCUCCAGUUGUUCGCGAGAAAGAAAAAAGGGAGAGGGCAUCAUCAUGCAGUCCAAAAUUUAGAAAGGCUGUUUGUGAAGCUCCUGAUCCUUCAGUCAAGGCACCAGAACCAGCACCAAGGAGGAAUAUUUCCUUGUCUCAAGAUAGCCUAGCCAAUCCAGAAAGGACUGAGGAGAAGAAGAAGAGCAGAUCUCGAUUCUCCUUGAAGAAGUUCCUCAGGAUGGGAUCUAGAAAAGAUGUGGAUAUGACUUGUGGUUCAACAAGUUCUAGAAUGAAUGAAAUUCCCUCGACUCCUCAACCUAAACCGAGGCUGGAGAUCAUUCACCCUUUGGAACUUGAUGGUGCUGCUGUUCAAGUCCUUGGGAAUGAGGGACAUUCUAGGGUUAGCGAGGACGUCCCGGAUUCAAGAAACGAUGGGUCGCUAGCGUUCAAUUCACAGAUGACUAGUGGAGUUCAGCAAGUAACAACGAGGCCAGGAAAACCACCACCUCCACCAAGAAACCAGUCUCUGGAGGACUGGUCCAGAUUGGAUCCUGCUAACAAACCAGCCAGACCACCGCCUCCUCGAACUGACACGAAACCGCCCCCGAGAGGAGAAAAACUACCCCCAAAAUCUUGGCAACCAGCCUCUAAUCCUUCAUCGACGUCUGACUCAAUUUAUGCGAAUUUGGCAGCGGAGGAUGUUACAGGUGAGAUACGAAGUGCCCUGGCACCAUCGAAACCUCAAAGAACGGCCAGCAUGAGGGACCAGACGAUUUCUCAACCUCCACUCAAAAAACGGACCGUCCACAAACAGAACGAGAACCAGGACUACGAGCCUCUCGAUUCCAAUUCUCCUACUUCAAACUCUCCAUCUUCGAGCGAGAGUCAGGUUUACGAAUGCCUUUCAAGUUCUCCGGAAUGCGAUUCGAGUCUUGAAUUGCGCCAUGGGAACGGAAAUCAUGCGAAUGGUAAAAGAAAAUCCGAUAGCAGUAUUUUGGAAUCGAAUGUGGAAUUCAAGUACCACCAGCCAACGUUCACCAGGUCAACGUCUCUGCCAUAUUGCUCCAGUGAAACUGAGAGCGAAGUUUAUGCGCCCUACAGCUUCUACACUGGAGACGAAGGACCUGAAGAAGAUCAAGAUUGGAAAGGUAAAGAUGAAGAGUCGAGACUAAAUCGCCUGAGGCAAAGAAGAGGACGAAGCAUUGUUCACCGAAGUUUGGAAGACAACUAUGGAGCAGUCGUCGUUGCGAAUCAUGAUGCGCUUGCGCAAUUUUUGGACCAACUGAAUUUAGUUUCACCUAUCUCACUUGGACUGCGUGGCUUGAAGAACGCAAAUCUACGAUUAAGUGAUUUUACAUUGGAUUCCGCGUCAUCUGUUCUUGUUGGAAGAAGAAUAUUCUAUUCUGCAAUUUGGAACGAUCAGAAUCUCACUAUCUGCAUAACUUUCGAUCCAACCACGCACGUUUCACGGAAGGAAUUCUACCUUGCACCUAUAGUUGAGUUUAUGGACAGUGUCCCACAAGAAUUGGCCAAAAAGAGAGAGUGUAAUGGUAGAAAAAAUGUCGAAGCCACUAUUUCGGUUUUGCCACGAUUGCAAGUGAACACUAUCCAUUCGUUUUCUGUCAUGACGAAAGAUACUAAAGACGAGGGAACAACGAAAGAUUGUUGCUUCGUUCUUCUGCAAUUCGUGAACGCCAUGAAAAAUCUGCAGGCUCGUGGAAUCGAAGAAGCUCCGAAGAAUCUGAGCAAUGUCGUGCUUUGCCGUGAAGAUAAGAACGCCUGUUACAGACUUUAUCUUCUUCAAGGAUUGAACGUUGAUAGCAGUGAAGAAUGUGAAGAGAAAAUGGCUUCUUUGUGCCAGUGUGCUCUUCUCGCCCUUCAGGAAUUACAUCUUACGAAUAAAUUACCGCUCGUUAAAGAAUUAUUAAUGAAGGAAAAGGCAGAAACGUUGUCGCAGGUGAAAUCAGUAUUGGAAUAUUCACUAUGGGGGCCAGCUGACGUAACCCUCGGUGGUCCGAGAGAAAGAGAAACUGCUCUUCAAAGAUGGUUAGACUUAGAAAGAGCAACAGUUCUGCACGCUUUAGUAAGGGCAAGAUCUCCGCUAGCAGUAACUGAUGAAUACCAUCUUCUCUUCCUGGUUCACACAACUUCAAAAAUUAUGUGUGAGGCUUCCAUACAUCUCGAUAAUCAACGUAAUGGCUUACUUCGGACCAAUUAAUUGAAAAAUAUAAUUUUUUUUCUAAAGUAUUUUUAUAUAUGUAACAUAGUGCAAUUAAUAUCGUUAAAAGUUAUCAAAUUAAUAUCGCUGCUCAAUAUAACUGUCAUACUUAAAAUUAGAUGAACUAUAUUAGCUUUGUACAAAAUAUUUAAAAUAAUUUAUUGCGUUGGGUGAGAGCGUUUAUAAGACACUCAAAAUAUUUUUCAAAUAAAUCAAAAUGCGUAGGGUGUAUGUAGUAGCUAAUCAUUAAGAAUAUUUUUUAAAAAUGUAUA